UUUCAUAUUUUCAGACCGAAGACUGCUACUGGCUUCCCUGCACAGACGUCAGAUGCCUCACAGCUUCAGCAGGCUGCUAUGGGGCAGCCAGACCCCUCCCUGGCCCUCCACCUGGCCAUCUGCACUCCUUCUUACUUCAACAACGAGAAUGAUGAAGUUCUGCGCAAGUGGAACCAGCUGCAGGCCUUCUGGGGCGCAGGAAAAGGCUAUUACGCCCCAAACAUGCCUCCGGUGGAGUUCACUCCUGAAAACCCAUACUGCCGCUUCAAGGCUGUCUGUUACGCGCGCAUCCCCGACUACCGUAAUGAGGAUGGCCAUGUGCUGAUCAACAUUGGGAAGCCGCUAUCUGAAGUUGAGCAGCACAAACAGCAGAUCGUGACAACCCUGACGACACUCUUCAACGGGGCAGAGGUGGUGGUGGAACUGGUGUAUGCUGGCCAAAGCAUCAAUCAGACGGUCGUUCACAUGCAUGUCUUGCAGCCACUUCCAAAUGGUGGGAAACAGAAAGCGCCGUCCUCGGAUGUGUAUCGUCACAUGGCAGCCCCAACCAGUGCAGAGACGGUUAAGAACUUGUGCAUUCUGGACGUGAUUCCACUGGUGUCGCUGAAUGAUAAACAGAUGAAGGAAUACCUUGACACUCCACAGAGAGGCAUCGACCCGGCACUGUGGGAGCAGGGCAAGAGGGAGAACCCGAACCCGAAGAAAUUCUUCCCUGUGGUCAAAGUUGGGUUCCAGGAGCUCCAGAUGCAGUUCAAAGAACAGGAGCAGCACGCGGAGAAACUUCAGACCAGCAUGAAGGAGAUCACGGACGCCAUCACGCAGCUCAAGCACAAGCAGGCCAUGGUGAAGGCGGCUAUCCAGAAUGCCAAAUGGAAGCAGGCUAACCUCAUGAGGAGGGUGCUCAAGUUGGUGUCGGCUCAGGAAGUGGAGCGCAAGAGAGGAGUCCCACUUGAUCAGACAGAGGAGCAGAUCCGCAUGAGGCUGGAAGACCUAUAUGUCCAGCUUAUGCAGCCCACGCAGUAUAGGGGAUGCCUCAAUGAGCUCAUGGCGCAGAUGUCAGUGAAGCCAUCUGGCUCAAAGGGUUGCCCUCGCUAUGGGCUGGUGAACGACAAGGAAAAGGAUAUCUCGCAGUAUAUCUCAUGGCAGCAAGAAGCACUCAAUGCGGUCGUCAUGGUCCUGAAGGAGGACCUGCAGAUCGUAGACAGUAUGGCAGAAGAACUACAAAGAAAGCCUUAGGGUUGGGAGUUAGCUAAUCAAUUUUUUUUUCUCUCUCUCUCUCUCUCUCCCUGCCUUUUUUGGGAGUCAGUCCCCCCCCUGCCCUAUUAUGUGAAAUGUAAAUAUAUUACUAUGUGGCUUUUUCUUAUAAAAAAAGUUAAGCUUGUUAUGUGUCCAAAAAUACUUAAGACAAGAAAAAUUAUAUAUAGUUGAUAAUAUGCUAAAUUUCCCAGUGCAGUUCAGUCAAUUUUAAUCAUGAAUGCCAGUGUUUUGAGCAGAUUUUUAUGUAUUUUUUAAAAAUAUUUUUCCCAAGAUUUAGAAACCAUUUCUUAUAGCUGUACAAAUUUGGAACUGAAGGUGAAUGGAUAUGAUUAUUUAUUUAGUUCAGUCAUAGAUUAUUGUUAUUAUUUGUCAUACGGUGAUUUAAUCAAAUAAAGAGGACAUUAGAUAAUUUAUACACAAAACUCUUGGAUUUUUUUAUGCAUUUGAUAUCAAAAGAUUUAGCUACUGGAUAGAAGGAAGGAGAACAUGCCACAUAGAAUUGUAAGAUGUUUUAUAAACACUCAUUAUCAAUAAUAAAAUGCUUGAAAAUC